UCUUUACACUGUAGUAACUAGACGGUUAGAGACCUAGGUUUAAGUAUACUGGGCUUCCUAGAAACUCGACAGAUUCGGUUGCCGUGGAAAAGGAAAUGAACAAUACGGAGCACCGUCUAACACAUCGUCAAACCAGUUAAUUUUUAGGUGAUUUUAGAAUUCACUUGGGGUACUGACUUUUCCUCCUACAUCUUCCCAGGUGUAACGAAUCUACGAAUCUGCGAAUCUGCGUCAGCAGGUCUAAGCGCUCCUUGACAUCAUUGCCCCCACGUGUUCUGUGCUUCCCAGCGGUGCGGCGCCCUCCUCACGCUGACCCUCGGAUCUCAGACUCGAGCGCACCGCAGCCCCUCAGCCCGGUACCGGUGUCGUAUGCGAGAGCCUGUGGAUAAGUAAGAAAUCAAGCCUCACUGAAGACAUUCAAGCAAAAGGCGGGGCACUUCCUUUUCCAGAACAGAAAAGAAACUCAUGCAUCAGAAAAGGUGAUUAAUAAACAUACUGAAAGAAUAUGGCUGCACAGAUACCAGAAUCUGACCAGAUAAAACAGUUUAAGGAGUUCCUGGGAACCUACAACAGACUCACGGAAAGCUGCUUUCUGGACUGUGUCAAAGACUUCACCACGAGAGAGGUGAAACCUGAGGAGGUUACCUGUUCAGAACAUUGCUUACAGAAAUAUUUAAAAAUGACACAGAGAAUAUCCAUGAGAUUUCAGGAAUAUCAUAUUCAGCAGAAUGAAGCCCUGGCAGCCAAAGCAGGACUCCUGGGCCAGCCCCGGUAGAAAAGUGCCAAGGCACCGAUGUGCACUGAAAGAUUGCCAGCAGCUGCGGCACUGGAAAUGAGGCUUCGUCUGGGAGAAUCCCCUGAAGCACAGCAGGAGUGGUGGUCAGCCAUCUGUCGUGACUACCUGACCAAUGGAAACCACCGAAGAAACCAAAAUCACUGUUCACCAGAAAGAAUCAAACAGAAGGCCUUACUGUUGAGUGAAAUGGUAAGAUGAUGCAGUGUUGUUGAGCCUUAAGACUCAGCUGCGUGGUCACCUUGAUACAAAAAUAAACCACUGUUUCUUUCUUUGUGACUGUUAAUUUUAAAAACAAAACGUGUCCAAUCAUGUAUGAGAUAGAAAAAGUUUAUUACCAGAAGUAAAAUAAAUGAAAGUAUCACUGA